AUGGCACUCUCAGACAACACCAAGGGCGAAACCUACCAGGGCCAUGCGGCGAACGAGGUGCCGACCGUCUCGAUCCCCAGACCGAAGACCGAGGACCAUGGGGAUCUAGGGCGUGCCAUGAUACACGGAGAAUACGAGUCUCUCAAGGCGAUCCACGCCGUCUCUCCCAUAUUCGGCCCCGAGCCAUACGGUUGGGGCAAGUAUGACGGCUCUGACGUCUACUUUUUGGUUGCCGAGUUUCGUGAAGUUGGCGAGCAGCCUCCUAACCCCGUAAAGUUCACAAAGCGACUGGCAGAGAUGCACAAGAAGUCGCAGUCACCAACCGGGAAGUUUGGAUUCCACGUCAAGACCUGCCACGCCAGAAUACAGCAAAUGACCGAUUGCUGGGAAGAUUCGUGGGCGACACUCUAUCGCAAGCAGCUGGCGCUCAUGGUCGAGCUUGACGAGGCCAAGCAUGGCGAAUGGCCCGAGUUCAAAGUGGCCUGCCAGCUCAUCUUGGACAAGGUAAUCCCGAGGCUUCUCGAGCCUCUCCAGUCCAAUGGCCGCAGCAUCAAGCCGUGCUUAAUUCAUGGAAACCUUUGGGACGAGAACACCGCCACAGACAUGGCAACUGGCGAGCCGUUCAUCUACGAUGGUGGAUCUUUCUACGGCCACAACGAAUAUGAGAUCGGGAACUGGAGAGCAGCGAGGCACAGAUUGAGCGCCGCUCCGUAUGUCAAGGGUUACCUUCGGGAGUACCGCGCCUCUGAACCCGGCACUGCCGUUCUGAUUCCCUGCAACCAGCGCCAAAUCCUGGUCAAACCUACCUUCCCGUCAAACGCGGGGCUGCGUCGUGCCCUUACGUAUUCCGACGGCGAGGAAGAAGAAGAGGACGAAACGCAGCAAAACGAGAGCGAAGAUGAAGAUGAAGAUGAAGAUGCUGCGACUUCCAACCCGUACGGCUUGGACAUCGAUGAAAAGUGGGACGACGGCGACAAUGACCGGCGGAAUUUGGGUGUUACUGGGGUUGCUGCCCCACGUUGA